AUUAACAGUACUAUACAUUAGGUUUAGAUAUUAAACCCUUAUACAUGUAUAGCUAAACACACAAACACACUAUUAAUGUUUACUACCACUGAAAAACUGAAAGGUUUUUUUAAUGAUCGAAUGUUGUUAUAUGGCAUUUAGUUGUGAAUGUAGAUCCAUAUAAAUUGUAAAUCAGUUUACAAAAUACAUUCGCUGUGGAUUUUCUACUUUUAAGCAAAUAUCUAAAGAUAAAUUAUUUUAGUGAAAUAUAAGCAUUGGAUAUCUUUAAUAAAUUUUACACUAAAUAUCCGGCCUUCCUUAUUCUAUAUGAAGUCAUUCUCAUUCAUUAGAUGUUCGACAUGGUACCCGAGACGAACCUGGUAUGCGAGAAUGAUAUGAAGUUAACAUCAAAAUGGAAAAAGUGGAAACUCCACAGGUCGCUCAACAUGACAAAAACGAAAACGUUGCAGGCUCGGUAUGAUUGAGCCUGUUCAAACCAAUGACUGCAGUUCACAUUAGAACGCUUUUUAAAAUCCUGCUUUUUCUUGAUAAUGUCAUUGGUAAGAAAAAAGUAAAUGAAAAUUGGGGUCCAUGUUUUACACAUUAUAAAAUAUGCUUAAAAUGAUGCCCCUAAUUGUGGCUGGAUGUAUAACCUAAGUUCCCAUGCUGAAUAUGUUAUCAAUAUGUAAAGCAUAGAUCUUGCAUGUAAUAUCAUCGUGAUGUUGCAAUAAUAACAAGGAACUGGUACUACUACUAGAGUAGAUUACAGAGCAAAAUAAUCAAGCAAAAAAAAGAAAAAAUAUCUAAAUCCACCAUUCAUAUAUUUUGGAAUACCUUCAGGGAACUUCCCUAAAAAUAUAUUACUUAUUAACGCUCAUUGGUUUGUAGCCAGUAGCCCCACCAAAUUAGGAGAUAGAAGAACAUUCGACAUUGGUGGGAUAUUGUGACUCGUAUAACAAAAGGUUAGGUCACUUUUGAAAGAUUUAUGACAUUCAAAUCAUGAAUAUGACGAUAAAAUACCUCGUUGUCAUUCUAUUACUUAGAUUGGGAUAUUGAAUGAAUGUCCUAAACAUAUACGUGCCCUUCCUUCGCUUAUGUUAUGGCAUUCCGCCAUAAAUAUUUUGUUGUUGUAAAUUAGUUAACCUAAAGUCAAAACGAAUUUCAGAAGACGGUUUUUGUAAUGAAUGCCUGUAAAUUCAUUUAAAACUGGUCCAGUACGAAAAUUGAGAAUGUAUCAUAUCAGCUAUUAUAGCUGAUUUAAGACAUUUGUGUAGGACAGGAAUUUGAUUACUAGACCAAUGGCAUCAACUCCGCCACUUUCUACAUCGGAAGACGAAGAUGUGGAGACUGGUGCUUUCGGAAAGGACAAAUUCAUUAGAGCAUACAGGACAGGCGGAAUAACUUCCCCGAAAGGCACACAAGUAGACAAAGAAGGUUUUUUUGACCGUUUCAGUGGAAAAGCGUUAAACAAUCAAAAGAAAAAGAACGCCGAAUUACACGCUAAAAUUGCAAAACUAGAAGAAGAAAAAACCGAUUUGGAAACAAAGUUACAAAACGAAAUACAGAAAAGUCGUGACCAACAGCAAAAGAUCCACGCCAUCAUGAAAGACUGCAGUAAGAUUCAACUAGGAAACGGAAACACUAUGACGAUACUACAGUACGACACGGACAUUGAAGAUCCUAUUCCACUGCUCAAGCAACUUAUGAGGAUUACAAUGGAAGCUAAUGAUGAAAUCGUACAUAAACUAACGAUAUCAGAACACAAACUGACAAACAAUAGUAAAACACUGCAAAAGAUUCAUUCGGUGGUUCUUCAGUUGAGUGAUAUUGGGUCGCCUAGUACCCAGCAUCAAAUGAUGGAACAUCUAAAAGAAAUGGUGGAAAUACCAACAGAAAACGAUGAUUUCGUCUCACUUGAAAAAGCCUUUGAUGGUCUGAAAGUAGAUGAAGGAACCACACGAUUCGAAGAUCUCAACGGUGAUGCCAGACGGGGAAUAAGAAUUAUUGUGUAUAAAUUUGGAUCAAUAAAAAGGCAAGCAUUUGCGAAUGCAUUAGGCCUAAAGUUCGAGAAACAGCACAGUAUAGGAGAAGAAUCAAUUGACGAAAGUUCCUGUGCAUCCAUUAUUCUACGUUGGUUGAAAGUGCCUGGGAACAAUGUCCACAAAUUGCUAGGAAUUUUAAAAGGCAUCGAGAUUCAGCUGAUACAAGAUUGCAUGCACGACAUUAAAGAGCAGACAUUCGCAAAAGGUCGCGACACACAAGAGAGAGAGUCGCGGUUUCAGCCUGUGACGAACACGCCAACACGUAAAAUGUACGAAUCUGCCCUGUCUCUAAAGUCGACAAGAAGUGAUGUCAGUGAAACUUUAGAUAUAAUUGAGAGAUGCGCCACCGAAACACUUCAGAAUUUGGCAGAUUCUACUGACGACGUCAAAACAGAUGUAAAGUCAUUUUUAUGCGCUAUUAUUAAGUCCCAAAUGGAACACACGAGGCUACUCUAUGCUAUUGGAGAAAAGCUUAGUGUAACCGACGAAAAAGUAAACAUUCGCAUGUCCGACGAAAAGAUAUCCGGCGGAGGUCUUAAGGAAGAUGAAAGGAGAGAGAAAUAUGUGUGAUAAAAAGUGUAAUUUCCUCCAUUAAGAUUCACUUAACUUUUAGCCUGCUAGCGUCAAGUAAAUCUGCCUUUGCAACCAGUGCAGACCAACUAUUAACUAAUUCCGUGCAGGCUGAUCAUGGUCUGCACUGUUCGCUAUUCUGUAAAUUUUCAUUGAAUACCCCUUCAAAUAAUAAAUGGUACUGUCCAGUUUGGUAGAUUGAAUAGUCCAUCUUAGAAAUUUAGCAAUAUAAAUGUUAAUGUAGUUUGACACAGAUAGAACCCGUAGCUGUUUUUUGUUUGUGAUGCUCAUAGCUCAAAACGUAUAUGGCCUAGAAUAAUUAAUCCUUUUCAUAAAAUGUUUGUUGAGGCUAUACCCCAUUAAGACUGCAAACAUUUGAAUUAUUGCCCCUUAUUUGUGACAAAUCUACCAGUGGGGGGCACACCCUGUGUCCUACAGACACAUUCUAGUUUCUCAAGCUAUAUGAUUUUAUUUCACAAGCUUUAUGUUUCUAAAUCUUGUUCAAUAUGUUAUUUAUGUGUGCAUAGUUGGCUAUACAUAUAAUUAUUACUUUUUCUACCUCAUAAAAUAGCAAGGCCAUACCAGCGUAUACCUCUUUCUACCACUAAUGUAUUGUGAAAAGUAAUAUUGUAAACGGGCCAGUUUUGCGGUUCAAUAUAUAUGCUAUAUUUCUUUGUAAAUUGUACAUACCUAGUAUAUUUACUUUUCUCAUCCAUAUUCAAACAUGUUUUCUUGGACAUUUUAUUUUGCAUGCUUAGUUUGUAACUUGUUAUUUCAGUAUUUUAAUAAAGUAAAAAGUUAU